CAAAUUCUCUCAUAGUCCCAACUGCCCAAAGUGCCAAAGUCACUGAAAAUCUUGAGAAGAGGUCAACAAAAGAAAAGUGCACACAAAGUGAAACAAGAAAACCUCUUAAAAACAAACUGGUUGAACUCCAUCAAAGCAAUACCAGAAGCAGGAUUCAACCCCAAAAAUCAGGAUAAUUUGGUCUUCCAAAAUUCAAUAACACCGAUAAAAAUGGAGAAAGAAUCCAUUUUUGGUCAUAAUCUCAAACUUUCUGUUACUACUUUUACUCUCUUUUUAUUGCUACUGGUAUUGACUCCUAGUGCCAUUGCUUGGACUGGUGAAAUUAAAGGCAGAGUUGUUUGUGAUGUUUGUGGGGAUUCUUCAAUUGGCCCUGAAGAUCAUGUUCUUCAAGGGGCUGAGGUGGCUGUCCUGUGCAUAACUAAAUCUGGGGAGGUUGUGAACUAUCAGGCGUUCACUGAUUCCAAAGGAGUAUAUACAGUUGCAGAAACAAUGUCUGAAAGUGAACGCUGGGAUGCAUGCCUAGCACGGCCAAUCAGUAGUUUUCAUGAGCGGUGUAAUCAUCUUGGGGAUGGCAGCUCUGGAGUCAAGUUCACUUAUAAGCGUCCUUCUGGUUAUUCCUACACUCUUAAGCCGUUUGUUUACCAGUUUGCUAAUACCCCAAUGUACUGCUAAGUUAACAUGCUACAUAAUGGUGUGUAAUAAUCUGUAUGCAAUGCAUACAUUGAAGAUAAAUAGACAAAUUGCUGCUUAACUUAUUAUUCCGUUUUCUCUGUGUGAAUAUAUAUAUGUAUUUUUUUUUUUUUUUUUUGUUUAGACAGCCUGUGUGAGUAUAAUGAAUCGUUGCUACAGUUAAGGCUAAA